AUGUAAUAAUGGGAAAUGGAGCAAAGAGAAUACGUUGAAUUAUCACAAGCAAUUUUGUCUUGUUAUUCUUGUAAGAUGCUAGGAGAAAUAUUAAGAGACAAUUUACAUAUAUUGACUGACUUGUAAUUAUCUCUGAGCAUGUUUUAAUUAUGGAAUCAUAAAAUUGAAGUUGAUUAGCAUUUUUACAAUACUCUUAGUCCUAUUUUGAAAGAAUUCAUUAAAAGAUUUGAUAGAGAAUGUAAUAAAUCUUUAGGUAAUAUUACUAAUUAUUUAGGACAAAUGAAUGUAUAAGAUGAUGAACUUUGGAAAGUUAUUGAAGAUAAACUUGUUAAAGAAAGAUUUUAUAGAUAUUUACCUCUAGAAAUUCUUAUUGAAGCAGCUCAUGGCAUGGCUUGUGCUUAAAGAGGAUCCAAAUAAUUCUUUGAUAUUGUUGAAAAUGUGGCUAUUAAGCAUAGAUUAAGAUUAAACAGUUAUCAUGUUAAACUUCUUCAUGAUACAUAUCAAAGAAUUCAAUAAGGAUCUAAUUUAUUCUUUGAAGUACUUAAGAACCCAUAAGCUGAUGCAAAUGAAAUUGCUGGAUUAGAAUAACAUGAAUAGCUUAAAAUUUCAGGUUGAUCUUCGGAAGAAAGCUUUUUAAACAUAAAUAUUAUUAAUAUUAUAUAUAUAUUUACAUGAAAUAAAUUAUUCUCUUAAAUAUAUAUAUAUAUAUAUAUAUUUUUUUAAUGAUUUUUAUUAGAAACUAAAAAUAUAUA